CAUUCCAUUUCCCUUCCGUUUCGCGAUUCGAUCCCGUCCCGACCCAGGCCCAGCCCCGGCGCGGCAGCCUGAUCACGCGCGCGGCCAUGGGCUCGACGCCGGGGAGCAGCUACGACUGCUCCUUCAAGGUGCUGCUCAUCGGCGACUCCGCCGUCGGCAAGAGCAGCCUCCUCGUCAGCUUCGUCUCCGCCGCCCCCACCAACGACGACAUCUCCCCCACCAUAGGGGUGGAUUUUAAAAUCAAGUUUCUCACUGUUGGUGAUAAGAAAUUGAAGUUGACAAUAUGGGACACCGCUGGCCAGGAGAGGUUUAGGACAAUCACUAGUUCUUACUACAGAGGUGCUCAUGGAAUUAUCUUAGUUUAUGAUGUCACCAAGAGACAAAGUUUCACAAAUUUGGCUGAUGUAUGGGCCAAGGAAAUAGAAUUGCACUCAACAAACAAAGAGUGCGUCAAAAUGCUUGUUGGAAACAAAGUGGACAAGGAUGAGGACAGAAUGGUAACAACAGAAGAAGGUCUUGCCUUUGCACAGCAGUGUGGAUGCCUUUUUCUCGAGAGCAGUGCCAAAACAAGAGAAAAUGUGGAGAAAUGUUUUGAAGAGCUUGCGCUAAAGAUUCUUGAGGUUCCAAGUCUGUCGGAGGAAGGCUCGUCGGUCGUCAAGAGGAACUCGCUGAAACAGAAGCAUGAGAAGAGCGGUGGGUGCUGUCAGUAGAUCCGAUCCAGUCACUGUAUGCAACCAACUAGAUCCUGCGAUCGGUGCCUAGGCUAGGUUGUUUUGGUGUUCUGAUGUAAAUGAGUUGUAUCUAAGUGCUCAUCGGUGCGAGUAAAGGGAGGAAUAACAACUUGAGGUUUUGGUGUGAUGCGAAGGGUGGGCGGGGAAUUAGUUGACCUGUACAAAAAAGAAAAGAAGCCGCUGUUUUCUAACUCAGCUUGAUCUGGUUUGCUGAUUGUAAUGAGGUCGAGUGGCUCGGCGAGCUGAUCCGCUUCCUUCCACACUGGUGUGGCGUGCGUGGGAGUGUACUGCUGGUACAUAAUUCAGGGGUGUUUUCUGGUUUCAGUUGGUA